GGUCUUUUAGUCUAUCCUCAUACAUCACAGCUUACGCUCUUUGCAGUUGCAAACUCUGUUGUCUCCCUGUGUCUCGAGUUGUCGCUUAGCGCAUUUCAGCAAUAGCACCUGAAACAUAGCUUGCCUCAAAAUAUUUACUAGUUCAAUUGCUACCAAGCCUUUGUGGACCAUACUUGUGAAGCAAGAGGAUAACCUGCUUUUUGCUGCAAGAUAUCAGCAAAAGACCUAUCUUCAGAGAAGGAUAAAUCAGUAAAGUUGUAACUAUAGUAACCUUUAAUUGAUGGCAGCCAUGUAUCACAGAGGGGGCCCACAGGACUGGCGCGAUGGAAGGAGGGGCGGCGACUUUCGCGGAGGAUUCGGUGAUGGGCCACGCGGUGGGCCUGGAGGCUUCGGCCCUAGAGGAGCAGCGGCAGCCGGAGGCGGGCAAGCAAUCCAGCAACCCGUUGAAGAGAUAGAUCGGGAGAAGACAUGCCCCUUGCUCAUGAGGGUAUUCCCUCGCCAAGGAGGGCACCAUAAGCUCGAGGACUUCGCAGAUCGAAACAGCUUGCCAGAGGAAGUAGCAAUUUACACAUGGAUGGAUGCCGACUUGCGAGAGCUCUCGGACCUUAUCAAGGAUGUGAGCCCUGAGGCACGCAACCGCAACUCGCGAAUUUCAUUCGCGUUCGUGUAUCCGGACCGGCGGGGGCGCAACGUGAUGCGUCAGGUGGGUGUCGUACACUCCACGCGGCCCGGUGAGGACGACUCUAAGACCCUGCGGCAGCUCAACUUCCAAACCGGAGACUAUCUGGAUGUGUCCAUCUACUGAUCUGGGUCGGGCUGAUCUGGGUUGAGGCGAGCUAUACCGAUUUGGGUCGAGCUGGUCUGGGUCGUGCACUGAUCUGGGUCGGAUUGGCCGGAGCAACGGAACCGGGUUGGUCUGUGUCGGGCUGGCUGGUUGGAUCGGGCUGAGCACUGGGCGGGAGCUGUGAGGGAGGAGCAGCAGCUGGGAUUAGACGUGUAUUGUUCUGUGUCGGGUUGAUGUGCGUUGGGUGGAGCUGAGGCGGAGGAGGGGGAGGAGCAGCAGCAAGCGGGGAGGUAGCCGCCGCUUGUUACGUAUGCAGCCGCCGUCACUUGAGCUCCGUUCUCAAGAGCGGAGAAGGUAGUGGCGGAUACCAUGAGCAGCAAAGAACAUGUAGCAGCAGCACCUGGAGGGCUGCUACUGCCUCCGUUGCGUCUGUUAUGCAUUGUACUCCUCCUGCAGUUGCCUCCGUUGCGGUGGCUAUGUAUUGUAUUGCCCUGAUAGGGAGCACGGGGCACGUACGUACUGAUAGCAACACAGGGACGUAGCGAAAGACCUUGCUGAUGCUGUCCCACGGCAUCCGUAUCAGCACUGCGGGGUAGCACCAGCGGCGCUGUAAACCCCAGGGGGACCGUCUUGCCUUCAGGCUUAGCCAUGCCUAGCAUAGCGUUCCGCACCGUUCAGGCGACGGGAGCAGCUGCUGGGGGGAGCAACUCAAUGUGCCGCGAUGCGUUGUUGUAAAGGGAAGGGAGAAGCCUGUUACCGUGUUACCCGAUAUGCUGUGCUGGACUGGCUGGGGUCCAGCGCGCAAAGGGGGGUUGUGUGGAAGAGGGGUGCCGUGUGUCGGAGAGAGUCAUAAGUAGAUGACUCCUGGCGACAGGGAAUGGAAAUGGGUGAACGUACGGCACUCUGUGUGUGUAUGCUUCGUCAAUGGAACCGGGGAUUGCUAGGGUACUUGGGAUGGGAACCCAUAGUAUGUGGCAUGCGCCUGAGGCAGCGUACGGCGAGGCGAGGGAGCGAAGGAAGAGGAGAC